AUGGAGGGCUAUGACUGUGAUUUUAUCAUCCCUCCAGAGCCAAGAUAUGAAUGUCCCAUUUGUUUGCUUGUUCUCAGGGAGCCUCACCAAACAAAGUGUGGCCAUAGAUUCUGCAAGGAUUGCAUUAUAACAUCACUCAGAGAUUCCAGCAACAGAUGCCCCAUAGACAAUGAAUCACUAUCAGAAAGUGAUGUUUACCCAGACAACUUUGCAAAACGAGAAAUUCUCAACUUCAGCAUCAGGUGCCCAAAUUUUAAAUCUGGCUGUGACAAGAUUAUUCCCCUUGGAAAACUGCAAAAUCACUUGGAAGAGUGCUAUUUUGCCCUCGUGCCUUGCCCACUCAAAUGUUCUCGUGAAGUACCACGCUGUGAUUUAGACAGUCAUCUGAAUAAUUCCUGUGAGAACCGAAAUGUUACGUGUGAACACUGUAGUAAAAACAUGGAAGCUAAAGACUUUGAGGUUCAUGUAGAAGUGUGUCCUAUGGCGAUUGUUGUAUGCUCUCACUGUGAAGAGAGGGCUGUCCGGAACAAGAUGGAACAUCACAUUUACAAUGAAUGCCAACAAGUGAUGGUCCAUUGCCCGUUUUACUUCUUGGGUUGUUCCAAAGUUAUGAUGCGGUGCAUGGUUGAUGACCAUCUGAUAAUGUCUGCCCCAUCCCACCUAAAACAGCUCUGCUUUGCUGUUACAUUUUUAGCUCAGAAGCUGGGUACUGCAAAUUCAGUUUGUCAGACAUCAGCAAAGAACACUCAUCAGAAAGUUAGCUUAGUCCAGAGGUUUAAUGCUGAGUCUGCUGUUACUUUGCCAGUUUCAUACAAGAGUUCCCAUUCUUUAGAGGAAGUUAGCACCAAUGAGAUGUCCUUUAACUUUGAAGCUGCUUUGGCUGAAUUAUCAGCACUGAGUCUGGAAAAUGAAGAAGCAAAAGGAGCAGAACAUAGUUACAAAUUGUCAUCUAUUACCAAACAGCUUCCUCUAGGUUGUUUACCUAAUGGACAUCACGGCAUUAAACAGCCUGUGUAUCGGCCACAUGAUUGGUUAAACUAUUGUACUGCAGAAGAACAAGAAACAUCUGGCUUACCAUUAUUAUCCCAGAUUCUGAGUACUAAGCCUACUGUUUGUAAACUUUACCAGUCUAAACUGUCUCCACAAAUAUCAGCAGCUGUGAAUCACAGUCCAGAAUUUGCUAACCUUUUACUGGGAGAUCAAGGAUUGGGAGAAUACAUUCCUGAGAACUCAGAUGUAAAGAGUAUGUUUCAGGAAAUUACUUCUAGAUUCAAAAAGAGGGAAGCGGCCUCUGAGCAGAAAUUUGAUGAACUGCACAGGAGAUUAACAGCUGUUGAACAGACAAACUCUGGUCUAAUAAACACUGUUAGAGAUUUGGAACAGCAUGUUGUUGAGGCAAGUGGCAGGUUUGUUAAUGGUGAUUUUUGCUGGUGCAUACACAAUUUCAGUCACUACCGGCUAAAACUAGAAGCAGGGGAGAACAGUAUGCUACACAGUCCUCCAUUUUAUACAAGCCCUUGGGGUUACAAAAUGUGCAUUCGUGCCAGUAUUGAUUCAGCUUCGCAAAAUGAAAGACACCUGUCUUUAUUUGUACAUUUUAUGAAGGGAAAGAAUGAUGCAUUUUUGAUGUGGCCAUUUUCUGGAAGAAUUAAUAUCUCCGUGGUAGACCAGAAUCCAGAUGCUAGCAGACGUAAUCAUAUUAUGGAGGUACUAGAGACAAACCCAAACCUGGAUGCAUUCCAAAGACCUACAAUACCUCGAAACCACAAGGGUUUUGGUUACGUGCAAUUUGUGUCUAUUUCUGCACUGGAAAAUGGCUCCUAUUUGAUGGAUGACGUGCUUGUCAUCAGAACUCAGGUAUAUUCACAGUACCAGUGA